AGAGUGGUGAGUGUGAGUGUCGGUAUGAGUGGGAUAAAAUAUUCAUCAAUUGUCAAAAAGGGCAUAAAAAAAUUAAUGGGAACUUUUUAUUCUUUAAAUCUGUUUGCUUUUAUACAUAGCCUCUAAAAUCCUGACAGGGAGCCGAGCUCAACUCGAGUAAGCUUUUUACCGCUCGAAAAUCCUGACAGGGAGCCGAGCUCAACUCGAGUAAGCUUUUUACCGCUCGGCUACUUCUCUAUCUCCAUUUCACUCAAUUCUGCAAGAGUUUAACAAGGAAUUUGAGAAGAGAGGUACCGGUCGUGUGUUGCGUGGUAUUUGCUCCUCUAUGAAACCCCCAUACCAUUUUUCUCCCAGGCAAAAUCCUCGUUUUGGGGAGUAUGAGGGUACAGGUUCACCUCUCGCAGGAACACAUACACAUUGAGUAUCUUACGGACAAUGUAUUGUGUGGUUGGACGAAGGUGGUUUUAGUGUUUGGCUUUUAAUGGCUGACAGAAAGGAUGUAGAUGUGGCGCGGGGUUUUGUUUUUGUGUGUAUUUGGAGAUUAGGGCCAUAGGGGGUCGGAGAAAGAGGGGCAUUUGUGGCUGCUAGGGUAAUGAAGCAGGGGAAUUGAAGGAGAAAGAGAUGGAAGGGGAAGGGGAUCUGGUGGUCGUCUCUGCAGUUUGCGCCACGCUCUUUGCGCUACUGGGUGCCCUCAGCCUUUUCAUUCUUUGUCGUGUCAAUUGGCGGCCCUGGAGAAUAUACAGCUGGGUUUUUGCUAGAAAAUGGCCAACAUUUUUUCAAGCUUCCCAGUUAUGUGCCAUCUCGGGAUUGUUAUCACUAGCAGCGUGGGCUAUUGUAAUUUCACCAAUAGUGGUUGUAAUUGUCUGGGGUAGCUGGUUUAUGGCAAUUCUGGAUCGCGAUAUAAUCGGGUUGGCUGUAAUUAUUGCUGGGACAGCUCUUCUGUUGUCAUUUUAUGCAAUUAUGCUUUGGUGGAGAACUCAGUGGCAGAGUUCACGAGCUGUUGAAGUUCUUCUAUACUUGUCGGUUGCAUUACUUUGUGCAUAUGAACUGUCUGCUGUUUAUAUUACAGCAGGCAGCAAUGCAUAUUCAGCAUCUGGAUUCUUCUUUGGUGUUUCAGCACAAGCUCUUGCAAUUAACAUGCUUUUUAUAUGUAGAAUGGUAUUUCAUGGAGCAGGCCUAGAUAUGGAUGAGUAUGUGCGCAGGUCCUAUAAGUUUGCCUAUGCUGAUGGUAUUGAAGUUGGUCCAGUCGCCUGUUUACCAGAACCUCCAGACCUUAAUAAUUCUUCAAUACGAAAAUUAAACAGGACUUUUCACAGUGGGUGUCUAUAUAUAGGGUCUUUGUUUGUACUCUUUGUGUACUCCAUUUUAUAUGGUUUGACUGCAAAGGAGGCGCACUGGCUGGGGGGAGUGACAUCAAUUACUGUUGUUGUUCUGGAUGUAUAUGUGGGAGCAUGCCUGUUUGGUUUUGAGCUUCUCAAAAGUCGAGUGACUGCUUUGUUUGUAGCUGGAAUAUACAGAUCUUUCUUAAUAUGCUUUGGAGUGCAUUAUUGGUAUCUUGGUCAUUGUAUAAGUUAUGCAGUGGUGGCUUCAGCAUUGUCGGGUGCUGCCAUCACACGACGUUUUCCAGUUGUGAGCCCAUUGGCUGCAAGGAGAGAUGCGCUUGAGAGCACUGUGAUUCGCCUCAGGGAGGGAUUUAGAAGGAAAGAUGCUUGUAGUUCAUCAAGUUUCUCAGAAGGCUAUGAAUCAAGUGCAAAACGUAGCAGCAGCGUUGAAGCUACUCAAAUUGGAACUACUAUUGACACUUUUUGUAGAAAUAAGGUGCAGAAUCAAGGUUAUGGUGGAGUAACCUGGAAUAACAUGAUGCAUCCUGGAGCUGAAGAUGAUCAAGAGGGUGAACAUAGUGCUAAAAGCUUGGACAGUGGAAGGCUAAGUUUGGCUUUGCAAAAUGCUUUUGCCUGUCCUCCUACUGGUCAGGAAUUUGACGGCGGAAUGGCUUUAGUGGACCAGCAACCAGAGAUGCCUUCUUCAGAUCGCAACAAGCAUGUAGUAGUUGGUCCAAGUGAUCAAAUAGAUAGUCAAGGAUCUGAUUCAAGUACAUCAGGUAGAAGCUCAGUUGAUCAGCAAAACUUGGACUUUAAUUUAGCAAUGGUUUUUCAGGAAAGAUUGAAUGAUCCAAGGAUUAGUUCAAUGCUAAAACUAAAAGCUAGACAAGGAGAUCAGGAAUUAACCAGUCUUCUGCAAGACAAAGGGCUGGAUCCAAAUUUUGCUGUGAUGCUGAAGGAGAAGGGCCUUGAUCCAACAAUACUGGCAUUACUGCAGAGAAGCAGUUUGGAUGCAGAUAGGGAUCACAGAGAUAACACAGAAGGUGCAGGUGUUGAAUCAACUCAAAUGGAAAAUGUUAUAUUGAAUCAGGUCUCAUGGUCAGAAGAACUACGGCAACGAGGAUUUGAAGGCUGGAUACAAGCUAUACGAUUUUUGGUGCAAGUGUUAGCAGGCAGUGCAGAGAAAGCUUGGGCUCUUGUCACUGUUUUUUUUAUUGCAGAAACCGCAGUCGUUGGUAUAUUACAUCCAAAGACUGUAAAUGUGAUAAAUAGAACUCACCAGCAGUUCCAAUUUGGCUUGGCGGCAUUGCUUUUCCCUGCUUUUUUUUGUUCCAUAAUGGCUUUCAUUCGCUCACUACAAGCAGAAGAAAUGGCAAUGACUUCUAAACCCAGGAAGUAUUGUUUCAUUGCAUGGCUUGUGAGCACGUGCGCGGGUUUGAUUCUGUCUGUCUUAAGUAAAUCAUCUAUUCUGCUUGGAUUGGCAUUGGCAGUACCACUCAUGCUGGCAUGUCUCUCUGUGGCCAUUCCAAUAUGGAUAAACAAUGGAUACCAUAUUUGCUCACCUCCUAUAGAGCAGACAAGCUAUAGUCAAGGAUGUCUUAAGAGAUCAAAAGAGGUUGUUGCAAUGGCUAUAUCUGUAGCUAUAUUCAUAGCUGCUGUUAUAGCAUUAGGUGCUUUAAUAUCUGUUAAACCUUUAGAUGAUCUGAGCUACCGUGGCUGGAAUAGGGAGCAGGAUAACUUUACUUCUCCAUACACAUCAUCCUUUUACUUAGGUUGGGCAAUUGCAUCAACUUUUGCUAUGGUGGUUACUGGUGUUUUGCCAGCAGUUUCGUGGUUUGCAACUUACCGCUUUUCUCUGUCAUCAGCUAUUUGUGUUGGAAUUUUCACGAUUGUUCUUGUUACCUUCUGUGGAGUGUCUUAUCUGGGAGUUGUACAGUCUCGUGAUGGGCAAAUUCCAGCAAAGGAGGAUUUUCUUGCUGCCCUGUUACCAUUGGUGUGCAUUCCUGCAAUAUUCUCGCUGUUCUGUGGCAUGUAUAAAUGGAAGGAUGAUAGCUGGCAGCUUUCACGUGGGGUCUACACUUUUGUUGGUAUGGGCGUGUUUCUUUUACUAGUUGCAAUAACGGCAGUAAUAGCUACUGUUAAUCCAUGGACGGUUGGAGUUACAUUUUUACUACUUCUACUACUACUAGUUCUUGCCAUUGGUGUUAUCCAUCAUUGGGCUUCAAACAACUUCUAUCUGACACGUACAAAGAUGGUUGUAGUUUGCAUGGCACUAUUUAUACUUGCUUUAGCAGCUUUUCUUGUCGGAUAUCUAGCAGAUGAGCCAUUUGUUGGUGCAUCUGUUGGCUACUUUUCGGUACUCUUUCUUCUUGCUGGCCGUGCUUUGACUGUUCUUCUUUCACCUCCUUUGGUGGUCUAUUCACCCAGGGUGUUGCCCGUAUAUGUUUAUGAUGCGCAUGCAGAUUCUGCUAAGAAUGUCAGUUCUGCAUUGCUAUUACUUUUUGGGAUUGCAUUGGCAACAAUGUGUUGGGGUGUUGUUGCAAGCCUGGAAAUAUACCCACCAUUUGCAGGAGCUGCUGUUUCUGCCAUAACACUUGUCGUGGCAUAUGGAUUUGCUGUUUCCCGUCCAUGCUUAACGAUGAAGAUGAUGGAGGAUGCUGUAAACUUUCUCAGUAAAGAAACAGUUGUUCAGGCCAUUGCUCGAUCUUCUACAAAGGCCAGAAAUGCUUUGUCAGGUACAUACUCAGCACCACAAAGGUCCGCAAGUUCUGCUCCCCUUUUAGCUGGAGAUCCAGCUGCUAGGAGAGACAGGGCUGGCAAUAUUGUGCUUCCAAGGGCAGAUGUUGUGAAGCUUCGUGAAUGCUUAAGGAAUGAGGAAGCUGCUGCAGGCAUAUUAUUUUGUAGCCCAAAACUGACCUUAACAUACCGACAUGAAGCAUCUUCUGAAGUGGGGUACAGGAGAAAAAUGUGUGCACAUGCUCGCAUUUUGGCAUUGGAGGAAGCUAUUGAUACUGAGUGGGUAUAUAUGUGGGAUAAGUUUGGGGGUUAUUUGCUUCUGUUGCUUGGUUUAGCAGAAAAAGCUGAAAGAGUACAGGAUGAAGUCCGCCUGCGGCUAUUCCUGGAUAGCAUCGGUUUUUCAGAUCUAAGUGCUAAGAAAAUCCAAAAAUGGUUGCCUGAAGAUCGCAGGCAUUUUGAAAUGAUUCAAGAAAGUUACAUUCGUGAAAAAGAGAUGGAGGAGGAAUUGUUGAUGCAAAGGAGGGAAGAGGAAGGGAAAGGAAAGGAAAGACGAAAAGUUUUAUUGGAAAGAGAAGAACGAAAAUGGAAAGAGAUUGAAGCCUCUUUUAUAUCGUCUAUUCCAAAUGCAGGAAGCAAAGAGGCAGCAGCAAUGGCAGCAGCUGUACGGGCAGUUGGUGGGGAUGCACUUUUGGAUGAUGCAGGAGCACGUGAGAAGGUUUCUAGCAUUGCACAUCGUAUUCUCACAGCACAGAUGGCUCAUCGAGCCGAACAGACUGGAGUGCAUGGUGCUGUUUGUAUCUUUGACGAUGAACCCAGGACAGGAGGGAGGCAUUGUGGUUCAGUUGAUCCUCAUGUUUGUCAAAGUCGGAAAAUCACCUUUUCUGCAUCUGUCAUGAUUCAACCAGAAUCUGGACCAGUCUGUCUUCUAGGAACCGAAUCACAGCAGAAGGUUUGCUGGGAAAUUUUGGUUGCUGGUUCUGAGCAAGGUAUUGAAGCUGGCCAAGUUGGAUUAAGACUGGUAACAAAAGGAGAGAGACAAUCCGCUGUGACUAAACGGUGGAAUAUUGGUGCUUCAAGUAUUGCAGAUGGAAGGUGGCAUACCGUAACUGUGAGCAUUGAUGCUGAAACUGGAGAAGCUACUACAUAUCUAGAUGGCAGUUUUGAUAGCUUUCAAGGUAGGUUACCUUUGCAGGCAGAUGGUGGAAUCUUACAGGAGGGAGCUGAGGUUUGGGUAGGAAUGAAGCCUCCUCUCGAUUUGGAUGCAUUUGGAAGGUCUGACAGCGAAGGAGUUGAAUCAAAAAUGCACAUCAUGGAUGUGUUUCUCUGGGGAAGGUGUCUGACAGAGGAUGAGAUAACCACUUUAUAUACAGCCACCAGUUCUGACGAAUAUGACAUGGUUGAUCUUCCAGAUGAUUAUUGGCAAUGGGGUGAAUCACAUAGGGUGGAGGAUUGGGACAGUGAGCCUGCAGAUGUGGAUUUGUUUGACCAUGAUGAUGUGGAGUGGGAUGGGCAAUUUUCAAGUGGGAGAAAAAGAGCUGAAAGAGAUGGGAUAUCUUUAGACAUGGAUUACGUCGCAAGGAGUCUGAGAAAGCCCAAGAUGGAAAAUCAAGAGGAAAUAAAUGAACGCAUGCGCUCAGUCGAGUUAGCUGUUAAGGAAGAUCUUGCAGCAAGAGGGGAAACCCACUUCACUGAUCAGGAUUUUCCUCCUAGUAGUCAGUCUUUGUUUGUAGAUCCAGAAAAUCCCACAGCCAAGCUACAGGUUGUGAGUGAGUGGAUGAGACCAAGUGAAUUGGUAAGAGAAAACAGAAGGGAUUUAUAUCCAUGCCUCUUUAUGGGUGCACCUAAUGCUUCUGAUGUUUGUCAGGGUCGUCUAGGUGAUUGUUGGUUUUUAAGUGCUGUGGCUGUAUUGACUGAGGCAUCUCACAUGGCUAACCUUAUUAUUACUCCUCGAUACAAUGAUGAAGGAGUAUAUACAGUCCGAUUCUGCAUACAGGGAGAAUGGGUUCCGGUUGUUGUUGAUGAUUGGAUACCUUGUGAAUCUCGUGGGAAGCCUGCAUUUGCUACCAGCAGGAAAGUUAAUGAGUUGUGGGUCUCAAUAUUGGAAAAAGCUUAUGCAAAAUUGCACGGGUCUUAUGAAGCCCUGGAAGGGGGCUUUGUUCAGGAUGCUCUUGUUGACCUUACGGGAGGUGCUGGUGAAGAGAUAGAUAUGAGAAGUGCUCAAGCACAAAUUGAACUUGCUAGUGGAAAGCUAUGGUCUCAGUUAUUGCAUUUCAAACAAGAAGGAUUUUUUCUUGGAGCAGGGAGCCCUUCAGGCUCUGACGUUCAUGUGUCCUCUAGUGGUAUUGUUCAGGGCCAUGCUUACUCUUUAUUGCAGGUACGUGAGGUUGAUGGUCACAAGCUGGUCCAAAUACGAAAUCCUUGGGCAAAUGAAGUGGAAUGGAAUGGUCCAUGGUCAGACUCUUCACCUGAGUGGACAGAUAGGAUAAAGCACAAAUUAAAAUUCACUCCUCAGGCACAAGGAGGGAUUUUCUGGAUGUCCUGGCAAGAUUUCCAGCUGCACUUCCGAUCUAUAUAUGUUUGUCGUGUCUAUCCUUCUGAAAUGCGCCACUCUGUUCAUGGUCAAUGGAGGGUAUGCAGUGCUGGUGGUUCCCAGUUGCAUUAUACAUGGCAUCAAAAUCCACAAUUCCGAUUGAAGGCUGUGGGAGCUGAUGCCAAUUCUGACAUACAUGUUUUUAUCACUCUUACACAAGGUGUGAAUUUCUCAUCUAGAAAAAAGGCCUCUUUUGGGAAUUUUCAAUCUAGUUAUGACACUUCAAGGUUCUAUAUUGGUAUGGGUAUCCUUAAGACAUGCGGAAAACGGGCCUAUGACAUGUGUCGGGAGGAUGUAGUUGGUGUUACAGAAUAUGUAAACUCACGUGAAAUAGCUUGGGAAUAUGAUCUUGAGCCAUAUCCAAAGGGCUACACAAUAGUACCGACCACACGAUAUCCUGGGGAGGAAGCUCCCUUUGUGCUCUCUGUUUUCACCAAGGCAUCUAUUGUGUUGGAACCAUUAUGAUCAUAAAAAGAAGUUCUUGUGCCUUACCCUCAAAACGAUGUGAUGUUCUCCAUCUCUCGGAACUAGCUUCAAAAUGGCACGUGAUUACCCCAUGAUGAUCUGAGCCCAGAAGGGGAGGCCCUUGGUAUUUCAUGUGAUUGAGGCAUCUCUAGUGUUGAAAUCAUCACGAUUUUACGCUGCUCUGGUAUGGACAUUAUCUAUGGGGUGAACAUUCAGAUGGAAGUGCAGCAUAUAUAUCUUUUGACUGGGACACUGAGUGCAGAAUGUUUGUGGGAGGAAGGAUUGCUAUUGCAAAACAUUUGAGAUUGGGAAGGAAAUAAUGCUCUGGAAGAUUGUAAAUUUGCAGUAUAGUUCUUAUUUCUUGCCUUUAUCAGUGUUUUUGUACUGCCGAUGAGAAGGGAAACAUUGUUAAAGGUUAGCAGGAUCAUUCUUGUGCUACCAGUGACAAGGUGGUUGUUGCAGUUGGGGGACUGUUUGGGGCACCCCGUGCGUUACUAAUCUGAGAUGAUUAACAUGCCAAUAAAAGAUGUGAUGGGAGUAGUCACGUUUGCAAUGUUUCUGCAGGUUGUGUAAUAUAAAUUAUUGAAACUAUGUCAGAGGAGUUCUCAAAAUUGGAGCUCUCUAUUAGAGCUGGGUGCUACAAUUUGUAGCGCCGUUCUUAAAAAAUAUUGUAAUGAUAUGUAAUGUAUUAAUGUGACUUUGCAACCUGAAAUCCAGGUUUGUAUAUAAUUUUUUUCCCUGGAUUCUCCCUGCUCUUGGAAACUAUAGGUUGCAGUCCACUGGACCACAAUUUUGGUCUUUAUUAAUGAGUAACUUCCAUUUGAAAUUUCACAAUUUGGUCCAUGAGAUUCCAAGUUCAGCUGUCUGCAAUAUUAGAUUCAUUUUUAAUGCUUGCAUCCCUGGACUUUCCAACUUUACAUUUAAGAUGGUUGUACAAAAAAUGAUAAAUCAAGCUUUGAAACUAAUUAUUUUUGUGGUUUCUA